CGUAGAAGGCAUUAAAAACAGCACCGCACGCACACCCAAGCAAGCGCGAGUAGCCAAUCUCGGUGUUGCGGCAGUGUCGGUGACACGGAGCCGCCCCAGGAGCGGAUCCCGCCCGCGACUCCCGCUCCCCUCUCGGCACCGCACCCGGCCGGCGCCGCGCACUGACGUCACACGGUGCGUGACGUCACACGGCAAUGGCGGCGCCCAGGGGCGCACGCGGGUCGCAGCGGCGGUAGCGGAACGCCGGGGUUGGGCAGGGCCCGCUCUGUGUCCCUGUGUCCCUCUCCGUGUUCCUCCGUCCCUCUCCGUCGUUCUCUGUCCCGGGGCUCCUGAGCGCGGUAAAAAAUGAAGGCCAGAAAAGGAGGGAGAUUUAGAUCUUCCUUUAAAUUGAAGCGAAAAGGCAUUGAAGUGGUAGGGGAAUGGAAAAGCGUGCCGAUCGACCCCAAUCUGUUUGCUGAGGAGGAGUUUCGAGAUAUAGUGUGCCUGGAGGAACUCACAGAGUACAAGCUAGUCAGUUCUUCCAAAAUAGGGAAAGUAAAAGAGAAGAAGAGAAAGGCUGAGAGUGCUUCUGAAGAAGGCAAUGAGGAGGUGGAAGAACCUGUUGCUCCUCCAAAAAAGAAAAAGAAAAACAAAGAUUUGAGGAGCCAAACAGAUAAAGGCAGUAUUCCUAAUGCAGCAGAAAUUGAUGACAAAGAGGCAAAGUGUAAUGAAAUAAUUGAAGAAGCUAAUUGUGAAGACCGUGGACGUGUGACUGAGAGCAUGUCAAGCAGAGGAGACACUCCAAAGAAGAAGAAAAAGAAGGUGCCUAAAAACAAGGAUUUUCAAGCACAGGAAGCUGUUCCAUCAGUAGCUACUUCUAAAAAAGUCAAAAACUGGACAACAGAAGUUUUAUCUGCCUCAACUGAUCAAAAAGCUGAUGUGUCUGCUUGGAAAGACCUGUUUGUACCUGAGCCAGUGCUGCAGGCCUUGAGCUCCCUGGGGUUUAGUGCUCCAACUCCUAUCCAAGCCUUAGCCUUGCCUUCUGCCAUCCGGGAUAAUAUGGACGUUCUUGGUGCUGCAGAAACAGGAAGCGGCAAAACGCUUGCAUUUGCAAUUCCGAUGAUUCACUCUGUGCUGCAGUGGCAAAAAUCAAAUAACUCAACAACCAGAAAUGACAGUGUUUCUAAAGAGUCCCAUCAGCAUCAUGAUGAACCAAGAUGGGAAAAUGAGGAUGAAGCAGAAAAACGAACCCAUCAGCAGGCUGAAGAUAGCGGAGAUGAAGAUGAUGCAUCUUUCACAACAGGCUGUGUGAAGGUGCUGGAAAAUGUUGAAUUUGAUUCCAAUGACGAGACACUCACUCUUGGCUCCAAUAAAAACAGACCUCUUUUAGGACUGGUCCUUACUCCUACAAGAGAAUUAGCUGUACAAGUAAAGCACCACAUUGAUGCAGUUGCAAAGUUUACAGGCAUUAAGACUGCAAUCCUAGUAGGAGGCAUGGCUGCACAGAAGCAAGAACGUGUGCUGAAUCGAAAGCCAGAAAUUGUAAUUGCAACCCCAGGCCGUCUGUGGGAGUUGGUUAAAGAGAGACACCCACAUCUUUCAAAUCUUCGUCAACUCAGGUGCCUUGUGAUUGAUGAAGCAGACCGAAUGGUUGAGAAAGGUCACUUCUUGGAGCUGUCUCAGUUGCUGGAAAUCUUAAAUGAUUCACAGUAUAACCCUCGACGACAGACUUUUGUUUUUUCUGCCACUUUGACUUUAGUCCAUCAGACUCCUGCAAGAGUUUUACAAAAAAAGAAUGCUAAAAAGAUGGACAAGAAGACCAAACUAGAAUUGUUAAUGGAAAAAGUAGGAAUAAAGGGCAAACCCAAAGUAAUAGACUUAACAAGGAAAGAGGCUACUGUUGAGACACUGACAGAAACCAGAAUCCACUGUAACACCAAUGAGAAGGACUAUUAUCUCUAUUACUUUCUUCUCCAGUAUCCAGGAAGAACCAUGGUCUUUGCAAACAGCAUAGACUGUGUAAAACGCCUCAGUUCUCUCCUCACAAUCCUAAAUUGUGAUCCUCUUCCUUUGCACGCCAACAUGCACCAAAAGCAAAGGCUGAAAAACCUGGAAAGAUUUGCUGAGCGAGAGAGCUGUGUCCUCCUGACAACAGAUGUUGCAGCUCGUGGUCUUGAUAUUCCUAAUGUCCAGCAUGUCAUCCACUACCAGGUGCCUCGCACCUCGGAGCUCUACGUGCACCGCAGCGGCCGCACGGCCCGAGCCGCCCACGAGGGCCUCAGCCUGCUGCUCAUUGGCCCCGAGGACUUGAUCAACUUCCGGAAAAUCUAUAAAACACUGGAGAAGAGUGAAGAGCUGCCAUUCUUCCCAGUUGAUGCCAAGUGCAUGACUUCUAUUAAGGAACGGAUGAACUUGGCAAGGCAGAUUGAGAAGGCAGAAUUUUUCAACAGUCGGGCAAAGCAGCACAACUCCUGGCUCCAGCAAGCUGCAGAGGCUCUUGAGAUGGAUCUUGAUGAUGACAUGUUGAUGGGCAAAAAAGCGAGUGAGCAAGAAGAAAGCCAGAAGCAAAAGAUGCUGAAGGGGAUGAAAAAACAACUGAAACAUAUGUUGUCCCAGCCACUGUUUAAAGUCCUUAUGAAAACCAAGUACCCAACACAGUCUGGAAAACUACUCUUGCCUCAGACAUCAGAGAGCAUUUCAGCUCUAGGUGCCAUGUCCAAAAAGCAAGCCAAGAAGAAGAAAUCAAUAAAAUAAAAUUAGAUAACAGCAAGAUCAUUCAGUGUGACAGAAGCAAGGACUAUCCUCAAUCAAGGCUGUCAGUGCUUAUGGAGGAUCCCAGCUAGAAGACAGAUUGUGUAAGGAUGUUGCCUGUGUAUUGGUUGUGCAGGCACAAAACAAAAUGCUGAUUUAAAGGGCUUAAUUAUCAUCUGGUUAGUUACUGUUGAAUCUUGUCUUGGAUCUUGGUUUUUUAUGUUCUUAUUUUUUUUCACAAAUCUCUAUAUUAAUAGAAGGUAAUUAGUUUUCACAUAGUUUUGAUAAUUACUCCACUUUGUGAGAUGGGUAAGAGUUACUGAGUGGAAUUCACUGUGGGCAUACUCUAAUGGUAAAACUUGAUUUGAAUAUUAAUGUUUUUGAAGGACAGGGGAAGGGUGGUAGUGGGAGGUUUGGCUUUUACUGCCUCCAGCUCAGUAUGGAAGGCAGAAAAUACAGAUUAUGUUACCAGUAAAUCUACAGUUCUGGUUAUUUAAAUGUCCCUGUUUUCUUUCUCCUCUGAUAAUAUUUCUGUUCUGUUCUCCACGAGGUUACAUUCUCUUAGUCCUGUGUUAAUGCAUUUGAAUAUGCAAAAAAAGUUAGGGUGGCAGUGAGUCAGGACUGACUUUGGGAGAUGUGUAAAUUUCUGAGAAGUGUUGCUACUCAGUGUUUUCAUGAUUAAUAUUUGAAGUUAAGCCUGUAUUUGAAAACAUGUUAGAACCAUGAUCUUCACUGUAAUAGAGGAGAUGAUGUUUUGAAAUGUCACUUUUGAAGAUUGCUCCAUGAUAAUUGUGCUUUUAAAUAAUUCUAACCUGAUCUAAGCAAAUAUUUUUUAAACUGUUUUUUAAAAUAUGUCAGAAAAAGAUAUUUUGAAUUUUUUUUAAAUUAUAUCUGCCAUAAAC